AUGCAACAAGGUCAUUGGAUUCUCGACUUGAAUUCCAAAAAAACCCUUUGCCGACAGAGAGUCGAGGUUUUCCCAAUCACAAAACAAGUGAUCCAGAAGAUUGAAGGUAUGGCUGCCGCCAAAGGCGUCACAUCUCUCAAAUUCUAUUAUAAAAAUGGUGAAGUCAUCCUGGAUGGUGAUUUGCUUGAAGGAGUGGACCAAGACAAUCUGUGGGAUGAAGACUACACACCAAGUGAAACAGAACAAGAACGAGCCCGUGACAACAAUCUGAGAACUACUGAAAUCCCAGAUGAAGAGCUACAAGAUCUACAAGACGAUUUUGAUGAGCACUUUGGAUCAAGUGACAGCAACAGUGAUUCUUGA